UGCUCAGACCAGUUUCAACUGUCGAACCGGUUGCACACUUUACCGGGCGCCAAUUGUACGUUGCGAAUCUCAAGUUGUUCGAUCCCCACACACAAAGUGCAAAGUGAACUACUCUCCGGAUCGGAUGUGCGGUGCAGGAAUUGUGCAAAAGUGUACCACUUUCACGCACCGAGCACCAACUCACCCCACCAGUCAGUAGUCAGCAGUCGUGAACGAAGACCGUACCCAGUGAGGAAAAGUUUACGGAAUGAACAGACCUUAUCUGUAGAAGGUGGAUAUAUGUAGAGUGUUCCUUACACGGGAGCGUAUAAGGAAGAAACCCCAAUUUAAACGAAGCUAGAGUUUUCGACGAGUGCCAGCUUCUUGAACCAAGUGCCGACGACGCCGCAAUCAAUUGAAUUAAUUUAUACACCCAUUAAUUGAGAAGAAGCACCCGCAUUUGGCACCUUUCGAGUAGCAGCAGAGAAAACAAUAAAUUGAGGAGUUGAGUGUUAGUUUGAACGAGGAUAAUCGACCAAUCUCGAAGUGUGUAAUCAACUUUGACUGGGAAUCACAAUAUGUGCGAUACUAGCUAAAACAGUUAGAGAACCGGAACGUUUUUUUUUGUUGGUCGAAGAAGAAGGAAACUUUUAAUCUGAGUGAAUUGAGUGGAUUUUAACACAUCGCAGCCCAUCAACUUCAUCAACGUUAUUCAACAUACGAAGGUUACGGAUUAACAGCACUGUUUGGGAGGAACUUUUCGAGGAACUUUUUUGUGUUCUCGAUUAAGAGUUCCCGACGCUUGAACGUCCGACGCUUCAACAACAUCUCGGCUCCGGCAGGGCAACAUGGUUUAUUUUAGUCCACGUGGUAUGCAGCCGCCUUGUAGCCCUCCAGGAUUACCAUUGACUUCGAAGAGCCCAACGAUGGAGUCAGCAAACCGUAGCAUAGUGGUGGAAUCGGAAGUGGACCAGAAGCCGGCGAUUAAAAUGCAGCGAACCGGCGGUGGUGCGUUGAAGUUUUCUAUUGCCAAUAUUAUGGGAAGAAGCGAGCAGGAGGAGGAUGAAGAUAGUGAACCGAUUGUGGAUGAUGAGCCGGAGUUGAAGAGGAAACCUCAGUCGACGAGUCCUCCGUCGACGGCGUCGAGUCCCGGUUAUGAGACAGGAUCCGGAAUGAACGCCUAUGAUUCGGCAUUCAAGAAGUAUGUUCCUAGCUCGAUGCAUCAGUUUGUUGCCAAUCGUCACCAGGAUCUAUUGAGUCAGUAUCCUUUGCUGUACUAUCCUGGUCAGCUGAUGUGUGCCGCAGCUGCCGCUCAGUACGCUGCGUUGACGCAACAUCCGGUUUCUUUACUAAGUGCCGCCGCAAGUGGUAGCAACGCAUCGGGCCUGCAUCACUAUGUUCCGACGGGAAGUGCGUUGAGAAAUCUUGAAGCUUCGGCUUUGUCCCCGCCAUCAUCACAUCCUGUGAAUCCACCUCAUCAGCAUCAUCAUCAUCACCAUCACCAUCAUCAUCAGCAUUCCAACAAGAAGUCUAGUUUAAAUAUUUCAUCAUCGUCUUCAUCGUCCAACGAAUUGAACAGUUCAACCAAUUCUACUGGUUCUACGAAUCCGGCGGCAGAUGGCAAACAGAAGACGUUUGCCUGUCCAGAAUGCGGGAAGGUGUUCAAUGCCCACUACAAUCUGACCCGGCACAUGCCAGUCCACACCGGAGCCCGCCCAUUCAUCUGUAAGAUUUGUGGCAAAGGAUUCCGCCAGGCGUCCACCCUCUGCCGGCACAAAAUCAUCCACACCUCGGAGAAACCACACAAAUGCCAAACGUGUGGGAAAGCCUUCAACCGAUCGUCCACCCUCAACACCCACACCCGGAUCCACAACGGAUUCAAGCCCUACGUCUGUGAGUAUUGUGGCAAAGGUUUCCAUCAGAAGGGAAACUACAAGAAUCACCGUCUCACGCAUAGUGGCAACAAAGCUUACAAAUGCAGCAUUUGCAACAAGGCGUUUCACCAGAUCUACAAUCUUACCUUUCACAUGCAUACCCAUAACGAUAAGAAACCCUUUACCUGCAAAAUCUGCGCCAAAGGAUUCUGCCGCAACUUCGACCUCAAGAAGCACAUGCGAAAGUUGCACGACGUCAGUGUUAGCUCCAGUCUAAAGCGUCAACAGCAACAACAAUCCCGCUCUCAACAACCAGCCCCGCCUCAAAGUCCCUCCAGUAAUCCAUGGACUUCACCAAGCACAUCGGCCACCAGCUCCCUAGCAGCCCUAUCUGGCUCUCCGCUUUCAACCCUCUCAAAUCUCCAUCAUUCGGCCGUGGCCGCAGCGGCCCUCCGAUCCGGAGACUACAGCAGCCCCUUUCUGAUGCCCACUUCCGGACGAGGAUCUUCUCGGCUGGACGCUCCCUUCAUCGGCAAAGUAUUCUGACAAAAGUACCAGCAGCACUAUUUCAGCCAAUAUCAAAAUUCGCCCAACGGAACCAACGCCGAUUCCCCGACGGCACCAGCUGCCACAUUUCUCCAACAGCAACAACAACAGCAGGAACAUCAAUUGACCAGUCUGACCAAGAGCAUACUGAUUAAUUAACCACUUUUACGUUACCUGUAACCUGCGUUAAAACGGGACCAAACUGCGGCAGAACCAAGACGGAUACACUCUUCCGACUUUUCCCCCACAUACCGGGGACAAGUUCCAAGGAAAGAGAUGUUAACGUCACACAGCAAGGCGUUAGAACCAACCAACCAGUGCAAUACUUUCGGAAUACCUACCUGCCUAACUAAGGUUAGAAAGCAAAAAGCAAAUCUUAAAUCGAAGAAGCAGAGCUUUCUUGAGAGCCAGUGAUUUGAAUGAGUGAUUAAAAGCGAACAAGGCGAACCCCCUUUCCCCAAGGAGAAUCAAUUAACAGAGCGCGCAGUGAUUUUUUUCCCAUUUUUUUUAAUCUUUUCAAUCGAACCAGUAGAUCUCGCUGUGAAUUAAUUACGUUGUAAGCUAAGUAGAUGUUUUUUCUCUCUACGGUAAGAGUAAAGAAAUAACUAUAGAACAUGAUGAUGAUGCUGAAUGUACCUAUCAAGUAGAGAUGCACACGUGACACACGACCACAAACGAAAAAAAAAUCACGCGUGUACAAGCAGCGAAGAGAAGGACAUGAGAACGAAUUUAUAUGUACAAUAGUGAAAAUAGAACGUAUAGGAUAUAUUAUAAGAGAUUAAGUGUAAUAGAAUGUUUCAAAUUUAUGAUGAUUCAAACAAACGAAAAUAAA